GGGCAGACCAGGAGGGCAGUCUGCUUGAGUGAGAAGAGUGGAUCCCAGGCUCCUGGGAGCACCCAGCAUGUGGCAACGGCUUCUUCUGACAGCUACCUUACUCCUUGCUCCACUUCCAGUAAAUUCUAUAAAAGAGCUUCCAGGAAUGAAAAACUAUGAAGUUGUUUAUCCCAAAAGACUUCAUCCGCUACGUAAAAGAGAAGUCAAGGAUCCAGGUCAACAGGAAAAUUUUGAAACUGAAUUGAAGUAUGAAAUGACGGUUAAUGGAAAAAUUGCAGUGCUUUACUUGAAAAAAAACAAGAAUCUCCUUGCACCAGGCUACACGGAAACAUAUUAUAAUUCCAGUGGAAAGGCAGUCACCACGAGCCCACAGAUCAUGGAUAACUGUUAUUACCAAGGACACAUCGUUAAUGAAAAAGUUUCUGAUGCUAGCAUCAGCACAUGUAGAGGUCUAAGGGGUUACUUCAGUCAGGGAGAUCAAAAGUACUUCAUCGAACCAUUAAGCCUCACAAACCAGGAUGAACAGGAACACGCACUCUUCAAGCACGAUCCUGAAGAGCAGAAGACUAACAGCUCCUGUGGGAUGACUGACACAAUCUGGGCACCUGGGACUCAUCUGAAGGCAAUACCGUCUACCAGUCUGGCUACAUCCAAAGACCAGAAAGCUUGGGAAAAAAAGAAAUAUGUAGAAUAUUAUUUGGUCCUGGACCAUGGUGAGUUUAAAAAAUACAGUCAAGAUCUAGAGGAAAUAAGAAAGAAGGUAUUUGAGAUGGUCAAUUACAUCAACAUGCUUUAUAAAAAGCUCAAUACUUACGUGGCCUUAAUUGGAAUGGAGCUCUGGAAUGACGAGGAUAAGAUAUAUAUAUCUUCCAAUGCAAGCGUCACUUUAGAAAAUUUUUCUAAGUGGAGGGCAAAUGUCCUCCUGAAGAGAAAGCACCAUGAUGUUGCUCAGCUACUCACGACAGUAGAAUUUUCUGGAGCAACUGUGGGCCUCGCUUACAUGUCUACAAUGUGCUCUCCUGAUUUUUCUGCUGGCAUCAUUAAGGAUCACGGUCCCAAUGCACUUCAGGUUGCAGGAACCAUGGCCCAUGAAAUGGGCCAUAACUUCGGGAUGUUUCAUGACAACUACAAUUGCAAGUGCCCGUCUAUAGAAUGUGUGAUGGACGGAUCAUUAAGCAAAAAUGUACCUACAGACUUCAGUUCCUGCAGCCGGACCAGCUUUGAAAAGUUCUUUGAAGAUAAAUUAUCCAAUUGCCUCUUUAAUGUUCCACUGCCUACAGAAAUCAUAUCCACCCCGAUCUGUGGGAACAAGUUGGUAGAAAUGGGAGAAGACUGUGACUGUGGGACCCCUGAGGAAUGUACCAACAUUUGCUGUGAUGCAAAAACAUGUAAAGUGAAAGAAAAUAUUCAAUGUGCAUUAGGAGAAUGCUGUGAAAAGUGCCAGUUAAAAAAGGCUGGUGAGGUGUGCAGACCAGCAAAAGAUGAGUGUGACCUGCCCGACCUGUGUGAUGGCAAAUCUCCUCUUUGCCCCAGUGAUCGGUACCAAAUCAAUGGCUUCCCUUGCCAGAAUGGGACGGGCUACUGCUGGAUGGGAACGUGCCCCACCCUGGAGAAGCAGUGCACUGACCUCUGGGGACCAGGAUCCCAGGUUGCAGAUAAGUCAUGUUUUAGAAAAAAUGAAGGUGGAUCAACUUAUGGAUACUGUCGAAAAGUGAACAACACACGCAUUCCCUGUAAAGCAAAAGAUGCCAUGUGUGGGAAGUUGUUCUGUAAUGGUGGCUCAGAUUAUCUGCCCUGGAAGGGACGUAUAGUCACAACCCUGACAUGUAGACUAUUUGAUCCUGAAGACAGCAGUGAAGAAAUUGGCAUGGUAAUCAAUGGAACCAAAUGUGGAGAUAAGAAGGUUUGCAUUAACGCAGAAUGUGUGGACCUGGAAAGAACUUACAAAUCAGCAAAUUGCUCCUCUAAGUGCAAAGGACAUGCUGUGUGUGACCAUGAGCUUCAGUGUCAGUGUAAAGAAGGAUGGGCCCCUCCUGACUGCUCUCGUUCUUCCACGGUCUUCAACUUCUCCACUGUGGUUGGGGUGCUCUUCCCUGUGACCGUCAUAUUUGUGGUGGUUGCUAUGGUAAUCCGAUGCCGAAGCUCCAGAGAAAAGCAGAAGUUAACCCAGAGGCCACUGUCUACCACUGAUGCCGGCCCACACAGUCAGAAGAGGAAACCACAGAUGGCGAAGACUGUUCAAUCCCAAGAGGACUCCAAUCCAAAAAUCUGAAGUAACACCUAAGCAAGUGUUGCCGGGUAAAUGAUCAGCUUGGAAGACUGGACAAUCUGGAUGGAAGAGAAAUGUACUUACUUCCACACUAUUUUUUGCCAUCUAUACCCAGCAAGGCUACUAUUUCUUGAUUAUACUUUAAUGACACAACAUUUCAAGAGAGACAUACUCUUAAUAAUCUUUGUAUGAAUUAAAAUUUUCUCUUCUCCAUA